AUGCCAGUGUUGAUACCGGCGGUUGAGCACAGCCAGGACACGCGCGUCGGGGCUGAAGCAUGGCACCAGGAGGCCCGGGCCAAGAUUCAGAAGGCUCGCCAGGCGACUAAGCGCUGCGCGCAGGAAGCCGUGACCAUGUGGCAACCAAAGGACAGCGGGCUGGAUCCACACAUGGCGCGCCACCUCCGCCGGGCCGCCUACAUUCGGCCCUGGCGCUUCUGCGUGGAGAUGCUCAAAGGCGGGGGUACGUUGGAGAAGCCGCCACCUGGCGAGGGUGUCACGCUGUGGAAGAGCAAGAUGAAGCCGCCUGUCUGGCACUCACGCCUCCCCCUGCCCCUGAACCGCGACGUGCUCGCCCUGAAGACAGCCGAGUUUGUGCACACACACACGCGUGGGGCGCGCCUCACCGCCGCCCGCCUGGCCCACGCGCAGCAGCAAAUCAAUGGGCAGCUGCGGCGGCUGCAGCGCCAGCGAGAGGCUACGGACUACAGGCUCAGCGAGGUGCGAAAGGGCCUGCUGAUCAACCAGCAGAGCGUCAAGCUUCGGGGCUACCGACCCAAAUCUGAGAAGGUCCCUGACAAAGCGGACAGUAUGCUUACCUGGGAGAAAGAGGAGUUAAAGAACAUGAAGAGGAAGAUGGAGGAAGACAUGGAAAAGUCAGAGGCCAUGCUCAAGACCCUGGCCACUUGCCGCGACACUCUGGCCUUCUACUGCAAGGAGAGGCUCCAAGCUGUGGAUUUAAUGAACCAGCCACUGACCAAGGUUCUGGGGCAGGCCGGCCGCUACUCCUGGGUGAACCUCUCCAGACCCUCCACCCCGCGAAUUCAGGGCGAGAAAACGCCGCCUCCAGACCCUGUGGGCACGUACACCCCAGAGUGCGCCAUUGAGCUGUAUGAAGCCAAGCGACUGUUGAUGGAGUCCAAGGACAUCUUGCAAGAAAUGGCAAAGAAUGUGGAGGACAUCCGGAAGAGACAGCAGCAGACAAGCGAUCGCGUGUGCGCCUCGCUGGCCCAAAAGAGGCGCGAGACCUUGGAGCUGAAGGAAAGAAUGAAUAUGGCCUUAGGAGUAAUGAGAGGAACUAUCCACCGGUGCACGAGAUACAACCACGAGAUGUACAUCACUAGCGACCUCAUCAAGGGUCCUCUGUCAAAAAAUCACCUGGAGACUCGAGAGAAGCUGGACAGACCCCUGGUUCGCGUAUACCAGAGACACGUGGGAACCCAACUCCCCGAGGCCAAACGCCUCGCCCAGAGCACUGACAAGCUGCAGCGCCACAUCUCGCACCUGGAAAAGAACCUGGAAGUACUGCUCGCGAAGCGCAAGAACCUCGCCUACAGCCUCAAUUGCAAGAAGAUCGGGCAGGACGUGGACUACGACGUGGUGCGCCUGCGCCUCCGCCAGCGGCAUCCACACGUGCUCUACCAGCAGGCGCAGGGCCUGGUCAACGAGUGGAACCCGCGCACGCCCGCGCGCAUCGAGUCCAGCGCCACCCCUGAGUGACAGGCGCACCCCCCCAAACCCCACCCCCGCCGCCCCAGGCCGCUGGUCCCGCGUGCACAGGCUGGUCCCUCGGAGCGGAGACUCACAGCCCUCCCUCUCCCCUGACCCACCCUCCCUCAGAGCGCCCUCUAGCAGAAUUAUAAUUUAAAAAUAACAUUACAUUUAUUAGGUAUCUAUUACAUGUCAGUCACUUACCCUACAAUACGUUAUGGGCCGUGUAACCUGGAAGUUAACAGGAUGGAUUUGGGUGCCAGA